AUUUUUAAUUAAUUUCUAUGAUUAAAAAUUUCAAAAAAUGAGUUCUCGGUUAUUUUGAAUUUUGAUUUAAAUUGUGAAAGAGUUGCCAACACAGCGAGCAGAAGUUUUAGAAAAAAACCCUAGUACAAACUACAACAGUUUUUCCUUUAAAUAAAGUGAAAAAACGUUCGUUGUUUUGUGGAAAAUAGUCAAACCAAGUCAAACAGUAUUGUUUUUGGGUUAAGAAGUAAAGGUAUUCACUUUAACUCGGACGUUUUUAUCUUUGCUGUGUAAACCUCAACUACUACUAAGUUAAAACAAGAGCAUAGAAUAACAGAGUAAAUAGGUCUGGAGUUCCUUUUAGCUAAAAGCCCUGUUAAAAGUGUUAAAAUAGGACCAUUUCAAUCAUAGGGCCGUUCCAGUAAAAAUUCGUAACCCGCAUAGGCACGGAAAAAUCUGUCGUUUGGCAAAAUGGAUUCUUUGUCACUUGAGUUGCUUGAGUUUAUUCUAAGUAGCCCUGUUCUAAGUGACAGGGACGUACUUAAUUUUUCCUCAACAUGUCACCAUUUCCGUAAUAUUGUUCUAACCAGUGAAGUGAUAUGGAGACGAAGAUUUUACAGGAAAUUGCCAAGCUUUUCCGAUAAUUCCUGGUGUCCUGACUCGUAUUAUGAAGAACUUAAAUAUUUUUACUCAUUGAAACCUAGGGUGCUUGAUAUGUUAGAAUCGGCCUUUGUUGAUUUUUUCUCAGAGAGCAUUUGUCCUAAGGUGAACUUAAGCGACUGGGAAAUGCUUUAUAAUGAAAAGGCACCAAAUUAUUUUUACUUACGUAGACAUCUCCUCGACAUUAAUAAUACAAAAGAAGCGAUAAAUAGUAUCCUAAUUGUGCCUUUCAAUACUCCAGGUCAUUUAACGUUGCAAUUUUUCGCACGAUUCAGUUUGAGCUUCUUGAAUGAAAUAUAUCUGAAAAAUACUUGGCCCAAAUUCAUCCGUGCUCCACCUAAGCAACAAAUUUUUGAGAAACUUGCUAUUCUUGUCGCACAGUGGUUUCACCUUGACACUGAAACAGUCGAGCUUUAUGUUACAAAAGGACUUGACAAUUUUGCAAAUUUGGUAAAAAUGAGACUGAAGGCUACGCACCCCAAACAUCCAAUUUUCGCCACCCAAGAAAUCAAGUGGAAAAAAGAAAAGUUGGACAAACACCAAUGGGAGCCUGAAGAUUGCCAAGUGAUCAUUUCCACAAUCCGUGAUGUUCUCUACUCGGAUCUGGGGUUCCAAGAAUGUGAUCAUGAGUGGGAGUUUAUUACUAGAAUUUUAGAAAGUCGCAAAUGCCUCCCGACGAAUUUGGCGGUGAUUUACGAAAGUGUGGCUAGGCGUUUGGGGGUCCUGGUCGAUGUGGUCUGCGAUUUCAGUCGUCACAAGUAUUGUUUUCUUCAACUUCAAUUAAAUGAAACGAUUUAUUACAUUAAUCCUGGCAAUGGGUGUUUUAUGCGCGGAGUGACUUCUUCAAAGAGAGUUACCAGCGGCGUAAUAGUUCAACAAAUGAUUGACAAUUUGCAACAUAAAUUCCUGGAUGUAAAUGACAGAGACAAAAACGAACUGAUUCGGUCGUUGUGUCGCCUUAAUGAUAUCAUUAACAACGUCUAUAUCUCGUCACCACUGAGACUACUCUACCAUCAAAUUCGCAAAUGUGGAAAUAACAAUAAACGGCCCAUUGCUCUAAAGUAUGCCGUGGGUAUGGUAGUGGUUCUUAACAAUGCUAUAAGCUGGAGUACAGGCACGCCUAUUAGUGGGAAAGGUGUGAUUUUUGAUUGGAAUAGAUCGGAGUAUGAGGAGGAUUAUCUGUAUGGGGUCAUUUGUGAUAAUGGAGAAGCACUAAGCCUUAUGGAUUAUAAAGAUGCAUUAACUCCGACCGCUGAUCCGGGUAACUUACAAUCGAUAGAACAAGUUGCUCUAUACUUUUCACACUUUUUCGUUAACCACUUCGUUCCAAAUUUAGAAGUGGAGAAACUUUUUCCUUAUGAUGGGGAAGUGAGACAAAAGUUCUACCACCAACUGCAGGCCCGUGAUGGAAGAGUUUAGAAGAAAUAUUAUUUUUCCAUACAAAUUUAGUUUAUGCGCUUGUUUUUGAAAUAUGUACUUUUUUACUAUCAAAGUUAUGUGUUAGAUAGGAAUAAAAUUUAAGUUCUUGUUGUCGGAAGCUUCUUUGAGUUAAUUUUGAGUUUUCUACUCGUAUUAAAAAUACUUUGGCAAUAAAUUAAAAAA